UAUAGAUAGAUAUUCAUUUCUCUUAAGCAUUCAACUUAUUUUUUCUAGACUUCUGGUGAAAAUGGUGCUUGCAGAUGGGCUCAAACCGGUGGUACUGAUGCUGGUGGUUCAGGUCGCUCAAGCCGGAGUCAACAUUUUCUUCAAGUUGGCCAUAAGCAGUGGCGUAAGCCUACCUAUUCUCAUCGCUUAUCGUUUCCUCUUUUCCACCGCCGUUAUGGUUCCUCUUGCUUUUCUCUUUAACCGGGGGAAGAAGGUAAAAAUGACAGGGAUAACUAUCUUCCAAGGCUUCCUGUGUGGCUUAUUCGGAGGAUCAUUAGCAUACAACCUAUAUUCCGAAGGUAUGGCACUAACGUCGGCUACGUUUAUGUCUGCAGUGGGUAAUCUUUUACCCGCCGUAACAUUCAUCGUUGGCAUCUCUGUAAGGUUGGAGAGAUUAGAUUUAGGAACAAUGGCAGGGAAAGCAAAGGUAUUUGGGACAUUAAUGGGAAUAGGUGGAGCAAUGUUGUUCACCUUCUACAAAGGUUUUUCCAUUGAUUUCUUGAAGUCCAACAUUAACCUUCUACCCAACACUAGAAGCAGUCAUGUGGCUUUGUCGACGUCCCACCAAGUGUUGGGAGUCUGUUUAGCCUUCGCUGGUUGCAUCUCUUAUUCCAUAUGGAUCAUCAUACAGGCAAAGAUGAGUGAAACAUUGCCAUGCCAAUACACUAGUACAGGGUUGAUGAGCGUAAUGGGUUUCUUUCAGUCAACUAUCUAUGCGUUGUGCGUGGAGAAAGACUGGACGCAAUGGAAGCUAGGGUGGGACAUAAGGCUAUGGACAGCUGCAUUUUCGGGAACAAUAGGAACAGCUCUAAUAGUAACACUAACGGCAAUUUGUGCGAGGCUAAAGGGUCCACUCUUUGUAGCCGCUUUCAACCCUCUCAUGCUCGUAAUUGUAGCCCUGGCUGGUGCUUUGUUCUUGGACGAAAUGCUUUAUCUAGGAAGUAUUUUCAAAAGUUUCAGUGUAUUGGGAGCAAUAUUGAUUGUAUGUGGGCUAUAUGUUGUGAUAUGGGGAAAAUGUAAAGAGUUGAGUGGAUUAGUUCCGUCUGGCGAAAGCAAAACACAUAAAUCGCUCGAGAUUAUUGUUGCUAGUGCUAACCAUGGUGGCUCGAUCUCUGGCUGAAAUGAAAACGAUAGAAAAUGACACUAGUGAAAGAAAGGAUGUUAAUAUGCCGUUGAUAUUAUCAGUUUUAUUUAUUUUCAAAUCGUACUAUAUAACAUAGUGAAAUCAAUUUCUUAUUUAGUUCAA